UGACCUUGACAAUUUACGUGAAACGUCUAUGAGUAUGUAUGGUUUGUGAACAGAAUAUUUUGAAAUGAGGUGAGGAUUAUAAAAAAAAUAGGAGGCAUUGAAUUGAAAUCCCGAAGCCGUAAUUUUUUGAGCAUUAUAAAGAAUGGGUGAUAAUAAAUCCUUUAAAUGUAGUACAUGUAACGGUGAGUAUUGUACUACAGAAUGUCCACGGAAGGACACUAUGUUGGUUGGUGGAGAGCCGCCAGAUGAUAAGGAAAUACCAGCUGUUGGAGGUGCAGCUGUUGGUGAGACUGAUAAACAAGGUUCCAAAGAUGUGCCUCAAAAUUUAAGAGAUAAAAGGGCGAAAAAAACUGGUGGGUCUAAUGUAACUAAACGAGCUGCUAAAUACCAUGCUAUUAAAAUUGAUAAUUUGAGUGAAAAAACAACUAGAACUGAUUUGGAAGAUCUGAUCAAACAGUUUGGACUAAUUCAAAAACGGUAUUUAGCAGAAGACAAGCAAACUGGUGAAUGUAAAGGAUUUGCUUAUGUACAUUUCAAAUUUCGUCCUGAUGCAGAAAAGGCAAUCGCAAUGCUCCAUGGACAUAGUUAUAAUAAUCACGUUCUUAAUGUUGAUUGGUCCAUUCGAUAAACAUCACCAUAUUUUUAAGUAAUAAAAAGUUUUGAUUUUUAA